CCGGGGAUUACUGAACUCUGAUAGGCAAAUGAACUUGUAGCCAUGGCAGACUAUGAUAUCAUGGCGUACGACACCGAGCUGUUCCAAGAAAAAAACGAUGUAACCGACCUACACGCGUACUACAUGUCCCAAUUCAAUUUGGAAGUAGAAAAUUGUAAAGCCAAACCAAAAACCGACAGCUUCAAAUACGGCGUGGAAGAAAGCUUCGAUUUCGAGGUCAUUGAAAAUUGGAAUACUACAGAAAAUGUCAGAAACGAUUUAGAAAACACGAACGAAGUAGUCGAAUAUAAUAUUAGCGAGCAGAAUAUCAAAGAUGUCCUUUUAGAUUUAGAUAGUAUAGAAUUUGACGACAGCAGCUUCAAAUCUGAUUCAUGCGACGGUAAAAAUAACAGUGACACAAACUUCGAAUCACCUCCAGAUUACAUAGAUGACGAAUCCCUAAUAGACGAAUUGUGUAGGGAAGAUGGCGAGUCGUGCCUAACUCCUGAGUUUAAUGAAGACUUUUUGAAAAUAACUAGUAACGAAGCAAGCCUGCCGUCUAUAGAAACGGCGUUUUCAAAGCGGUAUUGCAAUUACAAUAAUAAAGAAUUCACAGUACAGCAAGACUUUCAAAUACAAUCAACAGUAGUUCCUACAAAUAAUGCACCCGUUGUGAGCAGUAUAGAGCAAUACAGCUAUCCCAACAACAUUCUGUACAAUUUAGACGCUGAAAAGAAUUAUAUUCUACCUGACACACCAACGAGUUGUACAGAAUUUAAUUUUGAAAGACACGAACGAAAAAUAUCAGUAUGCGAUUCAAUAGAAAGCGACGUUCAGAGCAAUUGUUACUACGAUGAUAACUCUGAAAAUUUCGAUGAAGACGAUUUAUUUAUAAAUUUGGACGACUUCGGUUUGCAAUUUGAUAAAGACGAAAGCAGUAAUGACAAUGUAAGAACUCAUUUCCAACACAAGAAGCCUGAAAAGGAUAAAACGCAAGGUGAAAGGGUAUGUUUAUGGGAGCUGUGUUAUGAAAGAUAUCCUAAUCAGAACACCCUGGUGGAGCACAUAGAGCGGGCCCACGUUAACACUUAUAAAGGAGAUGAGUUCAGUUGUUUAUGGAAAGAUUGUGCAAGAGGCCGAAGGCCGUUCAACGCGCGAUACAAGCUGCUGAUCCACAUGAGAGUUCACUCUGGACACAAACCUAAUAGAUGUCAUCAUCCCGGCUGCGGUAAAGCCUUCUCCAGGCUAGAAAACCUGAAAAUCCACGUUCGCUCGCACACCGGCGAGCGUCCCUACGCCUGCCCAGCGCCGCAUUGUAGGAAAGCCUUCUCCAACUCCUCAGACAGAGCCAAGCAUCAGAGGACACAUUUUAAUGCUAGGCCCUACGCAUGUGGUGCUGUCGGUUGUGGCAAGCGGUACACCGACCCUUCAUCCCUUCGCAAACACGUGAAGUCCCACCCCCACAUCAACGUGCCGCGCACCUGCAUACCACCCUCCAGGCCGAUCAGAAGAGUGGAGGAGCAGCUCGUGCCAAGUUCACCAGCUAAACUCGCCACAUUGAGGUGUAUCCGGGACAAAAUUGCGGUACCAAGGUUACAGAAAAUGUAGAGGUUUCGUUUAAAAUAAUUUCUGUAAU